CCGCGCGCGGGCUCGGACUAGGCAAGCGCAGGGCCCCGAUUGGUGCACCCUGCUGCUCGUCACGGGUUUCGUCAGAGGCGGAGCUGCGACUGAGAGAAACCAAGAUGGUGGCCGCGGCAAGAACGAACAGACCCUUUGCUCUGCAAUGAUCCCUGAACCUGGCAGCAACAACAGGACAAACACAAACCGUGUCCCCGGCUGGUUUUCCUACAAGAGAGUGAUUGUGAGACCCGAGUUUGGGAAUCAUGGCCCUUGAUGCCGUGAGGGAGCUGCAGAGCAUAAACUCUGGCUUGCUGGUGUCUUACCAGGUGGACAAAAAUCACCAGCUGGAAUCCUUCAGCUUCCAGACCCCGCUCAUGAGGAACGUUUUCCUGAAUAACCCGGAGGUUGUGCUGAUUCACCGCACCCACAACCCCUGGGGCAAAGCCCUCUACACAUUCAUCGUGGACAAGCCCUUCCUGAAGCUAAAGGGAGAAAUGACCAAAGUGAUCCACUUCGCAAUCCCCACCAAGGAGUCGGCCGAAGGGCUUGCCCAGAUGUGCCGUACCUUCAAGAUCUUCAACCCGGAGUGGAAGCAGAUCAAGACUUUCCUGGUGGAUCCACGAUUCCGGUUGGGGCCGACCCUGUUGGAGGCAUUCCCCUCGGCCGACGUCCAGCUGUCUGUAUUCCACAUAUGCAAACACUUCCAGCACAAGAUCCACCAGGUCUCCCUGGAGUUCCACACGGAGAGGCUGAUCUUGAGCGCCCUGCGGAAUGCAAUGUGUGCCCCCAGCAAGAGCAACCUGGGGAAGAUGCACACCAUCCUGAGUGACUUUGUCAAGCCAAACUUCUUGCCCCAGAUUCAUAGAGACUGGCUGCUCAAUGACAAGAUCUGGGCCUUCCACCGCUGGAGGACUUGGCGAGAAUGCAGCCAGUAUUUCAAAGACCUGGAGGUGGUCACGCGCAUCCUGAGCCAGGUCUUCUGCAUGGGGCCCUCCCUGGAGACCGGCAUCAUCAACAUCGCCAAGAAUUACCACGAGCGCGUCCUAGGGAAAUCCAUGGAGGCUUCCCCCAGUCCAGCCCCCCUUCUCAGUCAGAACAGCUCUCCCUGCCACAGCGCCUUGGCAGUUAGCUCCACGACUGAGAACUCUCCGGGGGCUCUACUUCCCCAGGACUCUCCUCCAGCAACACAGCAGGAAAGUACUGCGAGGGCAAAUGGAACGGUCUCUCCCGACGAUGCAGCUAGCAAGGACGAGGUGACAGACUUAGCCCUCCGGCAGUCCUUGGCAGAUAUCUGCACAGAGCCGGCAGCCAGGCUGUGCUUGAAUGAGCUUGCAGUGGUCCAGAGCUCUGUGCAGCUGAUGGGGACUGAUGAGGACGUGGUGAAUGUCCAGGUCCUGGAAGACGCCCAGACGGUGCGCCACCGGCGCCUGAGCUCUUCCUGCGAUUGCCACUUUAGCCAAAUGUUCCAGCUGCCUUGCAGGCACAUCUUGGCCAUGCUGAACUCAGAAGGGAAAGAGUUGGAGCCCGAGGGGAUCCAUGCUCAGUGGCACAAAGGGCAUGAGGCUUCCCAGCCGGAAGAGAAUGGUGCAGAGGGGCUCUUAGAAAUCCUCAGGAGCCCGUGGGAUGGGCUGCUGGACAAGUAUCUGGCUGUGUCGUUCCUGACUGCGGAGAUCAGCCGACUGUUGGGUCAAUGCAGCCGUGAGGAGUUUGACCGCAGAUACAACACCCUCCGUGAGCUGGCCGACAGCUGGAUUGGACCUUAUGUGCAGGUGAAAUUAUAGCGGAGGCCCAGGCAAGGGAGGGGGCCCUUCUGCCCCAGUUUCUUCCCCCAUAAGUAGGAGUGUCCCUGCCCGUGGCGCCCCAUAGAAGUGCCAGAAAGGUGCUGGGAAGAGUUGUGGCACUGUGGGUCCCCUGCUUUGUUGAGAGUGUUGUGGAGGCACAUGGCUGCAGAGAAUAUCUGCCCUUAACUGCGGUCAGUGGGUUUGGGUGUUCUGAGGCCUGAGCCCAAACUCCCCAUACAAUAAUGCCAACAGAAUUGGUGCACCUUAGCUCCCUUCAGUCGGGUGUCAGGCACCCAGAUGUAGAGAGUGGCCUGGCAUUCCUGUUUCAUCCCUCUUCCACCUACUCCCUCAUCUCUUUCUGUUAUUCUUGAAGUGGAAGCCACCUUCCAACACAAUGACUAUUUCUUCCUUUGGCUCUUAAUAAAUUGGUCACUCCUCGAUACGUCA